AUGACAGGGAAGCUUAUUCUAAAGUCCUUUGCAGCUACUAGAAUCUUCCCUAUAGAUCGUGAAGCUGUACUCAAGAGAUUCUGCCCAACGACACCAAGAACACUAGAAGAAGAUGAUAAACAAGAGCCACAAAGCUCUCCAUUUAUCAAAAUGAGACGUGUUAUUAAGCAGGUUAUAAAGGAUGGGGAGCAGAGAAAAGCGCAAAAGAUCGCGGAUUUUGUUCACCAUGUUCAGGUCACUAAUGAGCUUCUAAGAGAGGAGAACAACGGGCUUCAAAAGGCGCUUAAGCUUAAGCAGAUGCACAAGAAGAAGGGCAAGGUCCUCAACUUGCAGCAGCGUGCAGAAUACCAUAGUAGUGCUGUCUUCUGGUCUCCUAGAAAGCUUAAAGAAGCCGAGUACCGUGAGGCUGUAAGACUACAAGAAGAAAAGGAAGAAAGUUUGAGAGCUAGUCUAGCAACAGCAACAACGACUCUUCCUCACUACCCAAUAGUGCACCUUGCCACCUCAACUAUGCAUAUAACGAUCAAAACACCGCAACGUUUGUUCACCACCGACCCUGAAAACUGGCUGGGCGAAAGCGAAUAUUUCCGUAAGCUAUUCUCCGGGAAAUGGAGCGACAAACAGGAGGAUGGCUCAUACUUCAUCGGAAGUGACGCCUACGUGUUCGAACACAUUCUUUAG